AAUCCUACGUGCGUUUUGUUAUAUAUGUACUGUAUGUACACUGUUUGCAUAUUUGUUACAAACUUGAUAAAGUAUCUUUUGUUUACCUGUUUGCCUAGGAAUUUGAAAUGAGUGACGAUGAUCGAGACAUCGACAUUGAGAGCGAUGAAGGUGACGAUUCCGAUUCUAGGCAGAGGCAUUCAAACAAUACCCAAUAUUAUUCUCAAGCAGAAAAACGGGCACACCAUAAUGCGCUGGAACGGAAACGUCGGGAUCACAUUAAGGAUAGUUUCUCCAGCCUUAGAGACUCUGUGCCUGCGUUGCAAGGAGAAAAGGUUGCAAGUAGGGCACAAAUACUGAAGAAAGCUGCUGAGUAUAUACAGUUUAUGCGACGCAAGAAUUCCUCCCAUCAACAGGAUAUUGAUGACUUGAAACGCCAGAAUAAUCUCUUGGAGUCUCAAAUUAGGGCACUUGAGAAAGCAAAGAUAACAGGCAAUUUCGCUGCUGAAACUUGUGAAGUCACAAAGUCAGAAGGUGUACCAAUGCCUGGAUACAAUGACACAGAGUCUGAAUCAUCAGAUAGUGAGACUAGCAGGACAGUUCGUCAAUCAAAAAAACUGAAAGUCGGAGGCCUCCACCAUUGACCAAUGGUUUGAUCUAAUUUUCGUUCUGACAAAAAUUUAUUUUUUGUUACUACUAAACUCCAUAUGUAUAUUUAUUUACAUAAGAUGAAGACACUCACUGAAUGAGUCUUUAAGUGGAAUCUUGAAUGUCUUAAAACCGGUGUACAAAAUAUUGUUCAAAUUAUAAGUAAUGCUAUUGCUUCAUUUAAUACGUUGACGCUGGCGUGCGCCAUCGGCGGGUCACACGUGUCUGUCCCGAGGGGCGGCGAUAGGUCACACAUGUAUUUCGCAAAAUAGGUAGUGACCCAGCGCCGCCCCACGAAGCAGACAGUGAAUUCAGGCGCCGGCGUCAACGUGUUAAAGAUUAAUGAAAUAAUACAUUACGAACACUUUGGAGUAGAUUCUUAAAAUUUGUUAAAAAAUUGGAAUUAUUUUAUUUAUGAAAAUAGUUGUUUAAUAUAAAGGAAAUAAUGUAUUGCGAGGUGUUUUGGUUUAUACUUCUAAAUUCUUAUACCGAUAAACUAAUUGAAUUUAAUUAAGGUUGUGCUAUUAGUAACCACUUUAUCAAUACAAAUUCAAGCAAUAUAUUUCCUUAAAUAUAUAAUCUCUUUCUAAAAGAGGAUUUCAAUUUCAAAUCUUUCUUUUAUUUUCUUACAAUUCUUAAUUUAUUUAUCCAAGAUUACUGUAUAAUUAUUGUAUUGUUGAUUUAACGAAGAAUCUGAAAAUACUAGAUAUAUGCUCAAUUGUAAAAUUUAUGAAAGUUUUGGAA